AUGGCCACCAACUCUAUCUCCCUUCCCGCCAUUUCCAAUUUCUCUCUCCCGCCAAGGAGAUCUGCUAGGGUCACGCGUUUAGCCCUCACCGACCAAUCGCAGUCUCCGUCUGUCGACGCCAAGCGCCACCUCCUCCGCCUGAUCGCCGACCAGGACCGCGGCCUCAAAACACAGUCCGACACGCAGAGGCUUUCCCAUAUAAUCGAGGCCGUCGAUUCACUGCCUGCAACCAGUCGCGGGAGCGUCACCACCGGAGAAUCGCAUUCAGACACGUGGCUGAUGUUGUGGACCACCGAGAAAGAGCAACUCUUCAUCGUGAAGAACGCGCUGGUUUUUGGAACCUCAGCAGGUGAUGUUUUGCAGGUUAUCAACGUCGAGCAGAAGACUCUCAACAACGUUAUCACUUUCCCUCCGGACGGUGUGUUCUUCGUUCGGUCGGAGAUUCAGGCCGCUUCAGCUCAAAGAGUCAAUUUCCGGCAAGUGCUUUAUCUUAAGCAAUUUUUUUGGGGAUACUUUGUUUGUUUACUUGUUUGUUUUGAGUUGUCAUUUGAGAUGAAGUAA